GAGCGGGCAAGGAUCUUUCGAGCUGCGGAGGGGGCAAGCUCGGGCACGCCUCUUAGCCGCGCGAGCACGGGGAAAGCCCAUCGCAUCGCCUUUGAAUCUCCCGGGGGAAGCGCUGCCUUUGAGCGCGCGGUCUGCCCUCGAUGCGCUCGCCGAGGAGCUCAUCCCCGCCAGGUGGGCGGCGCUAUGAGCGGCCCUGGCUGUGCACCGCCCCUCGCCGCUCGCAGAAGAUUGCGCCGCAGAUCUGCCGCACGCCCAAGAUCAUCCGAGGCGGCUCCGGCUCUUUGGAUGUGCCGUCGCCUGAGGAGCUGGCGGCCGGUGGCAUCGGCUUCUUCCCCAUGAUGGCAUCUCUGGACGCCCGCGCCCGCGCCGAAGCUUCGCCGAGGCGAGCGCCGCCUUCGCCGGAGAGGCCGCAGAACUCGCAGGACACACCCCAGCCGCGUCUAGGCUCACCCGCAUCUCCUCGAAAGAGCGAGGUCAACGCAGCCGGGCCCCGCCCGAUGAUCUGGCGCUGCGAGGCAGGGUCCGGUGCGACGGCAAAUCCUCCGCCAAGGAAGUCUGGCCGCAAGUCAGGCGGCGAGGAACGCUCCUCGGUGCCAGGCCAUGUGCCCAGCCUGGUCUGCACGCAGCCAGAGCUUCCGUGCCAGGCAAGCUGGGAGAGCGCGCCAAGGACUUGCCCUCCGAAGCACUCCUGGGACCUUUCUGUGAGCACGGAGGACGCCACGCCCACGGCGCGAUCUGCCUCUGACUUGUCUGAGGCGAGCACAGAGUGCAGAGGCGGAGCGACAGGCGGGCUGGCGCGCCUGCCCUCACCCACCUCGGAGAACCCGCGGGAAGCGGCAAUGCGCCGCAAGCGGGAGUCAGCGGACCGUGACAUGGAGGCGCUGAAGCUGCGAAACUCGCAGCUCGGGGAAUCCGCGCGGGAGAUCGGGCUCCGGCUGCGGCAGAGCCACGCUCGCUCCUUCCAUUCCCCGUUCGCUGUGAUGCCGGAGGUGAGACUUGAGGAGCCGCAGCAUCUCUGCUUCGAGACUCGCCCAGAGGAGGAGCUACCUGCGGAGUCGGUGUUGAUCUACCCCAACGCUUGGUACACACCCUGAGAUUGCCGCCCUGCAUGGAACGCAGCAUGGGCGGGAUGGAAUGCACCACGGCCCCCACGGCCCCCAC